AUGCAGCGGACAAGAGUGGGGGGGGGGGGGUGGGGGGGGGGAGGGGGGGGGGGGGGGGAUGAGGGGAGUGGGGGGGAGGGGGGGGGGGACGGGGGGGGAGGGGAGAGGGGCGGGGUGGGUCCACGGGGGGCGCGGGGUGUGGGGGGGGCGGGGGAGGGGAGGGGGGGGACGGGGGUGGGGGGAGGGGGGGGUCGGGGAGGGGGGGGGGUGGGCAGGGGGGGGGAGGGGGCGGGUAGGGGGGGGGGUGGUGGGGGGGGCGGGGGGGGGGUGGGGGGGGUAGGGGGGGGGGGGGGGGGGGGGGCGGGGGGGGGAGCGGGGGGCGGGGGCGGGGGGGGCCGGGGGGGGCGGGGGGGGGGGGGGAGCGGGGGGAGGGGGGGGUGGGGGGGGGGGGGGGGGGGGGAGAGGGGGGAGGGGGGGGGAGUGGGUUUGGUCGUGCAACCAGUUACUUGUUACUGUUUCUCCUCGAUCACUAUGCUGUUCAAAGAUUUUCUAACUAAAGCGAUCGAAGCUGAACUGCCUGGACUUAACAGAAUAACUGGAGCAAUGAUUGAGCUUGCUGGAAUCCGUAAUCUUACUCUUCGUGACUACCAACUUGUGGGUGUGAACUGGUUGAACGGUUGCGCUUCUCUUCAUCGUGGCGGCAUUCUCGCUGACGAAAUGGGCUUGGGGAAGACUUGCCAGGUUGUAUCUUUUCUUUCUUUUAUGCUUUAUCACAAACCGAAAACUCUCAUACUCGUAGUCUGUCCUUUGUCGGUACUGAACAAUUGGAUAAACGAAUUGGAAAGGUCUUUCCCAGGUGUUAACUUUCUGGCCUACUGGGGACCUCAGGAAACAAGAGCGGACAAGCGGUCAAGUUUCGAUCCCUCUUGUUGCCCGAUUUUAUUAACAACUUACGAAAUCUGCAUUAAUGAUCGACAAUUUAUGGAGACUAUCGAUUGGGAUCUCGCUGUUGUGGACGAAGGCCAUCAUCUGAAAAGUUCCGACUCCCUACGUUUUGAGGUAUUGUCUGAGGUGUGCAAAAAGGUCCGCUUCAUUCUAACGGGCACCCCGAUACAGAACGAUUUGAGGGAGCUUUAUAACUUGCUCCAUUUCGUUGCCCCUUCGUAUUUCCCCAUGCAUAUGCGAUCGGCAUUCCUCGAAUACUUCGAAGCAUCAGAUGCCCGGGAAGAACGUGACAGGGAACUUAGCAAAGUUAUACAACCGUUCAUACUUAGGCGUACCAAGCACCAAGUUGCUUUGGACCUACCGCCGCGUUUGGAUGUUUUAAUAUAUCACUCCCUAACUCCUCUACAGCUGAAAAUAUAUCAGUCGCUGCUCACACGUAAUGCAGACGUUUUUACCUCCGUUGUGGCCAACGAACUGGGCACAUCAACGUCCAAUCUGCCUUCCUAUCGCAUUAACAAUCUCCUCAUGCAGCUGCGCAAAUGUGUCGAUCACCCUUAUCUAUUCGAUGGAGUGGAACCAGAACCGUUCGAAUUGGGUGAUCAUUUGAUCGAUUCGAGUGGGAAGCUUACUUUGCUAGAUCUCCUCUUGGAGUUUUUGUACAAUCCAUUUUCGAAGCGCGAUGACAGUGCCCCUCAAACGUCCACAGUGCAUCCCACCGGACCCGUUCACAAAGUGCUAGUUUUCUCUCAAAUGACCCGAAUGUUGGACAUCAUUCAGGACUACCUGACUCUGAAAGAUUAUCCUUACGAACGAUUGGAUGGCUCUAUUCGAGGCGAAGACCGGAUGUUGGCGGUGCAGGGAUUCAGCCAAGACCGCGAAUCUUUUGUCUUCCUUCUGAGCACUAGAGCAGGUGGUCAAGGACUGAACUUGGUGGCUGCAGAUACUGUGAUCUUGAUGGACAGUGAUUUCAAUCCACAAAACGACAUCCAGGCCACCGCUCGUGCGCAUCGAAUCGGUCAGACGAAGCCGGUUCGCGUUAUUCGAUUAGUUGGUCGUGACACCGUCGAGGAAGCUAUUUUGUCGCGCGCGGACGCCAAACUCAAGCUGACAACACGCGUGCUGAGAACGAAGUCCGCUCCAUCAAAUACUGAUGGUCUCGACCAGUCCGAACCUGAUGAAUUGAAUGCGGUGUUGAAGUUUGGUUUGUCGCGACUGUUGAAGAAUGUGGAUCUGCAGCUGGGCCCAUGUGACACGGAUCUACAAACCUUGGCAGAGAAAAAGCCAUCAAAGCCUGAUUUGAAUUUCGCUCAAAUUCUGGGCAAGACCGAUCCCAGCACCUGGCAUUGGCUACCUCCUACUCAAAGCCCUGACUCUUUAGAACAAACCGACUUCGUUCAUCUCACGGACCGCGCGUUUCAAUGUGACAUAUCCGAAGCAGAUGUGGAGGCGGCUGAAAUGUUAAAGAAAGCUCAUCAACUGGAUGUUGAACAGGCACGACAAUCUAGCGUGGAACUCGAGGGUUAUAGAACACGAGCCCAUGGCCCGCCGACUGACAUUGUUGCUCUGGAAGGUCAUCCGAAAACCGUAGUGAAACAAGCGCUGUCUGAGGAGGCAUUGGAGGAGCGACGCCGAAAGCGAGCGGAAUCAGCCGCGAAGCGUUUGGCUGCAGAGUUGGAGAAACGAAAAGCGAAGUGGGAUUCUGUUGGAUACUCUUCUCUGUCUGUAUUCCGCGAGGAGAUUGCUCUCGAAAUCGAAGCGAGACAAGCUUACCCACAUGUUUCCUCUGGGGACGUUGGUCUUGGCUUCGCAACUUUUCCCAACGAAGAAGGUGUGCUGAACCGUGAUGCUUCACCCCACCCACCAGCCAUCCACUACGUGUUGGGAGAUGCUUCGGAACCGCUUACCAAGUUCGGCGAAAGCGGCCCUUCUGAAGAAACCUAUACUCGACCUGCGAUUGUAUGUCUUACGUUAGACGACAGUGGAAGUUGGCCUCACGGUGGCUUCUUCGGGGCUCUCUCUCAGCGAAGUACACGGCCCAAGGAAGCGUACGAGCUAGCCGGAGAGUUGGAUGACUUGCAGUUGGGUGAUUGUCAUAUGGUGGUCGUUACCAACUCGCUUGCUGCUGAUUCCGACUGUUCCUCCGUUCGGACCUUUGAUGACCUUAUUCGGUUGCAGGGAAGCGUUUCUCUACAGUUAGAGUCCGUGAACCUUUGCGGUCUUCUUGUCGCUCAACGCCACACCAAGCGAAGCAAGUCAUCUGGGGCUCCCCCAGACUUACGCCUGGAUGCUUUGGAACGCAGCCUUGCGUCCCUGGGACACGCUUGCAGUGUACUAAAACGAUGUUCUGUGCAUAUUCCCCGCCUGGGUCAUGGAACUCGUUCCUUCGAGUGGUACAGCGUAGAACGAUUGUUACAAAAGUAUUUGGUGAAUGGUAGCCGCGUUUCGGUGUACGUUUACUAUCAUCGAGACCGGCGAUCUAGCAGUACGUCUGUUGCCGUGUAUCCACCCACCCAUUCCGUGAGGCCUGUCACCGAAAAGCGUACUUCCCUCGGUUCCAAAUCAGUUUCUCCUCCAGCAGUCAAACGGCCUGCCGGAAUUCGUCAUUUGGCCAAUCUGUUCUCAGGCAAGCGGUUCUACCUACUUUCCAGCUCGACGAAUGACAGUGCAUCAAUGGAAUCGUGUCCUCGUGUUAAAGAUGUGACACUUAGCUCCGAUGUGACCCAUGUGGUGGUUAUCAACUCCGAGACUGUACCACUCCUGGCUCUUCCCCAGCUACCACAAGCGUGUUGCAUUAUCACUCCCGACUGGGUCUUGCAAAGCCUACGCGAGAAAACGUGCUUACCGGAGACAAAGUUUCGCUUUUUGCCCCCGUAA